UCAGUCGGAGCUCCGCCGGGUCCGCGCUGCUUUAUUUACUGCAGUUUCCUUCACAAGUUGCAAAGUUCGGUUCAUUGGAAGUGUGUCUGUGAGGAAUGUUGGUUUUGUUAGCGGAUUGAAGUCGCUGUAUCGGUUGAAUAAUUGAAGUGAAGGCGGCGGUGUUUAGCUGUUAGCAUAACCGACUGAGGUGACCAAGGUUCCGGUUCUGUUCAGGGAUAACAUGAGCUCCGGGAUGAGGCCUGAGAUCGUUCCUGAGAUUAAAGCUGCGGUCAGUUUCAUCUGCAGGUUCCUCAGGAGCAGCGGAGUUCUGACUGAAACACAACUGCAGGUCUUUAAAGAGUGUCUACAGCAAGCACUGUCAGAUCACUACAGGCACCACUGGUUCCCAGACAGACCUCAGAAGGGCUCCGGUUACCGCUGCAUCCGGAUCAAUCACGAGAUGGACCCUGUGAUCGGCAGGGUGGCGUGUCGGGUGGGUCUGAGCGGCGAGCGGCUCUUCUCUCUCCUCCCGCGAGAACUGACUCUGUGGAUCGACCCGUACGAGGUGUCCUACAGGAUCGGAGAGGACGGUUCCAUCUGCGUCCUGUACGAAUCGGAACCUCCCGCGCCCGCACCCUCGCUGCCCUCGUUCGGCCCUCUGGAGUGCAGGAACCGCUUCCUGAUGGGCGGCAGGACCAGCCCCCCCAAGCACUACCUCAUGACCGUGUCCAGCUGAGGAGACUCGGGGACGCGCCGCCACCGCCGCCGUGCACCGGACUGUUUAACGUUCCUGAGACUUUCAUUUCUAGACAUUUUAUCCCUCGUUAAAUCUUAAUCACUUUCUUUACCUCUAACUCGGCUGCACUGAGGCCCUGCCCCCAAAACCAGUCCUAUAGAAAGCAAUAAAUGACCCGGGGUGAAUUCUCUCACAAUGUUCAUUAGUUCACCAACAUCUCAAUCUCAGUAUAAUCUGGUGUGAGUGCUGCUCUCAUCUGCUUUAAUAACACUUGAUUUGCCCUAAAGGAUCCUCCUGUCAGCACCCGCACUGUAACAGCUUCUUUAGUUAUCAAAUAUCUGGUCGAUUGAGGAUUUAACCCCUAAAACCACCCACUUAUUAUACAGAUCAUCUUAAUCCAUCAGUGUGUGUGUGGAUGUAAUGCUGCCUGUCUGGGGCGCCCCCUCUCAGACUGACAUUAGUUCUAAUCCUAGACUAACAGGCUAGACUCGUUGCCUGAUUCCUGUUGGUGCCCUGCAGGGACCUGGAGCUGGUACACGUGUGGGUUUGAUGGUGAACUGGUGCUGCGCCGCUCUCACAGGAAUGUAAAUCAGCUGCUGUGAGACGCCGCGCCGUAACGCCGCUCGUGUUUUUUAAUCGUUAAGAGAAUUUCUGCUGCCUUAAAGCUGAACGUCGCUGCCAAACUUGUUUUUGUGCAAUAUGAAGUGUUUCCAAGAAAAAUAGUUCCUUCCCCCCCUGAUGUCGUGAAAUGAUGGUCGGUGGAAGAGUUAAACUGGUUCUGGAUGCUGGUGAUAGCCACUGGUUUUCUGUAGCAUUCUCUUUUACUGGGCUGCAGAGCAGCUUCUUUGUUUACUGAUGUAGACGAGAACGUGUAGUUUGUAAGCUAUUUUAAGCGCCGUUUGCUUUUUAUUGUACUUUUGUAACGAAUUUGUGCAUAAUAUAGAGAACCUGUACAGUUUUGUGCAAUUUUUAUGACAAUAAAAUUUUAUUAUGAAAUCACAAA